UUAACUAAAUUCUCUAAUCAGUUUUGUUGAUUUUUGAACUAGUCAAUUGGUUUAGAGUUCGUAAUUUCCAUUAGAACAGUUGUUCAUUUUUCUUUUGGAAAGUUUACUAAAAACUCCUCAAGAAUUUAUAAUUGUCGAUUUCAAUUUUAUCACUCUACCUAUCUGUCUGAAUUCAGUUACGUGAAAAGAGUGAAAAUGUCACAUGCAAUUUUGUUUGUUCAACCUGGUAAACCAGAAACAAGAACCUACUCGGAUUUUGAAUCUGUGAAUGAAUGUAUGGAAGGAGUUUGCCACUUAUUUGAGGAACAUCUCAAAAGACAAAACCCUAAUACAGGAUCUAUAACUUAUGAUAUUAGUCAACUGUUUGACUUCAUUGAUAGUUUGGAAGAUUUGAGCUGCUUAGUAUUUCAGAAAUCUACAAUGACUUACGCACCUUAUAAUAAAGAUUGGAUUAAAGAGAAGAUUUAUAUUCUUCUAAGAAGACAAGCUACAAAGAGCCAAUAAUUACUUGAAUAUUUUUUGGAACUUGAACCUUUUUAAUUAACUUUUUAUAUGGAAUAAUAGUAAGUUAAAAAAAAACCUUAUCUAAUUGGCAAUGUUAAUGUUGUAUAUUUUAUGUUUAACGAAGGGGCAUUUUCCUUUUUCUUUUUUGUAUAUGUGGUGAACACUAAGCUAAAUAGAGUGAGGUUUUUAUUUUUCUUUAUUUCAUGCAAAUGUCAUGGAAAUAAAAGGCCAAAGAUUUAAUUUUUGUUAUUUUCACUUUAACACGCUGGAAGUCAAUGUUAAUAAUACUAAUUACAUGUUUAGGAUUAAUAGUUCGUCAUUUUUUCUCUAAGUAAGGUUUUGGUAAUGGUCACUGCACUUUUUCAUGUAAUGUAGAAUACUACAUGACUUUUUUUUCUUUUUCCCUUUUCUCUUUGGUAAGUCUCAUUUUGUCAUUGUCUAUUUUAUUAUUUACAGAUAUUUUAUUCUGUUUGCUUUAUUAUAAAUGUUGUAUUAUUUUUUCCUGAGCAUUAAGAAUAAAGUAUUGAAAACAUGUAAUUAGUUUGAAUUCAUUUUGUAUUUACAUUAAUUAUAUUACUGAAUUUUUACUAUGUAUAUUAUCUGCUAUAUUUCAUUUGUUCUUUGUUCAUUGUUCAUUUGUUCUUUGUAUUACUAUAAGCAGGAACCAAUUAUAAGUGUUUUUAUACAAAAUAAAAUAGUCAUAACCAUUGGAUGGAGAAGGGAUACAUUUGAUGUAAUUGAUUUAAUUUACUUUUGAAAAAUUAUAUUUAUAAUAUAAAAGCAAUUACAUUUAUACUAUUGGUAAGAAUGUGGGAUUUUUUUGCCUGUAUUGUAUACUAAUCACUAUUGAGGCUCACUAAUAUAUCAGCAAUAUUGUUUGUGUUUAGUUUAAAUUAAAUUCCUUAUUUAGGAUUACCUUAAAAAUUGUUAAAUCUUUUGUUGUACACAUUUAAACUGUUAUUUCAUAGACUUUAUCUGCCUGUCACAGUAGAUAGCCUGCUUUAUGUUGUAUAUACUUAUAAUUCUAAUGUCUGCACAUUUGCAUAAAAACACUUUUAUCAGUAUCAUGUGGCAGUCUCAAUGCAUGAUAGUAAUUUUACCAUUAUUUCAAACAAUGCCAGUAUAAGCAUAAAUAAAAAGAAUUAAUGCAUGUGUUAUACAGAAUUGUUCCGAUUCCUUUACUCUCUCUUAGUUAUUAAUCUUACAAAUUUGGCUUGAUUUAUGUUCAAAUUAUGGAACCUUUUUCUGGGAUACUGAUACAUAUGUGGACA